AUGACUUGCGGAGCCUAUGAAGCUGCGAUAUCGACUAACCGGUUCCAACUCGGCGCCAUGGCUGGUCAGAUGUUCUUCUCCGUCCUGGCCAUCGCUACGAAUCUACGGCUUCUUGCCUUCUCCUUCAAAAUCAUAUACUAUCAUGACAAUUUCAAGGUUGGUUUCUUUCUUGAUUGAACAAGUUCCUUAAUCCUUAACAUUCUGUCAUGUCUGCAUUGUUUUUACCUUGACUAGGCUCUGAAAGAAAGGAAAAAAAAACGGCGGAGAGAGAAAAGAGAGCGCAGACAAGCCAGACAGCUUUCAAGUAUUAAAUAAUGAUUUGUAGCCGGCUUUUUUGGUUUGGAAUAGACGUCGUCUAGUUUUUGAGAAACUAGAAAGAAAUAAACCUUGGCGAAGGCAACCAAAUACAAUAUAGUUGUCUCGUAAUCAUAUCGUCCCACAAAAAAGACUUGUGCAUCUCAUUAUAUAUUAAUUGGAAUAGCAUCUAAACUAAAAUGUAAAUUUGAACGGCAGUGAUUUAAUCCAGGUGCGACCACGGUAUUUUUUUAGUUGAGUAAAACUGAAAAAAAUUGAAAAAAUUAAUUCAUUAUUCUUUAAAAAAAUAUGAAUUUAUUCCUUCAAAAUUUAAAAAAAUUGGCCUCUAUGAUUCAGAACACCUUAUCUGAUCUUAGGAAGCAGUUUAUAUUGUUAUAAAAUCUAUAAUUUUUUUCGAAUACGCAACUUUCAAGCAGUUCAUUAAUUCUUAUGAUUCAUCCAAACUUGACGUAAAGCUUUCGACAACAAAUUAGUGAUUCAGAGAGAUCUUAACUUCGUUCAAGGUCUUAUUAGUUUCUGAUUCCGUAGCUCGGGGAAAAAUUGAAAUAUCUUAAAGAACUCAGAACCACAAAAUAAGAAAGAUACAGACGUUCGUCCGGAGCCUCGUCGUCUUCAACAUGGUGCAUUGCGUUCUCGUCAUCACUCUCUUGGUAAGUUUUGUUCAGAUUUGUCAAGUACAAUGACGUCAUUCGAAAACCCUCUGUGCAUUUCUCAUCAAUAAUUUUCAAGUACAACUCGAACCUUUCAAAUCUUAGCGAGGGAUAGGAUUAAAUCAAAAUAAUUUCAGUUUUUUCAAAUCGAAAAAAAUUUCAACAUUUUCAAAUUAAAAAAAAAGAAAACUUCAGUCUUUCCACUUGAUUUCCUGGGCCUUACUGCCACCCUGCGACGCCGUCGUUCCGGCCUUCGUUUGUGUAGCUUUUCGCCUUCCAAUCAUCUUCUCUUAUGUGUAAGUUCAAAAUUCAAAGGUAGCCACAAAAUUAUAACCAUCAAUAGUCUAUUCGCCACGGCUUGAAACGACAUGACUUCUCUGCGCCCUCUUCGUCUCUGCGCUCAUGGGUUUUCUUGUUAUUUCCAUGUUUCUCUGACCUCACCGGUGAGGGAAAAGAGAGGCGCAAGAAGGCAGAAAGUUUCAAGCUGUGGCAAACACUCUAUGAAUAAUAGAAAAAAAACGGAAAAAAAAGUGAAAAAAAACUUCCGCUAAACAUCAAUUUUAGAAUGGACUCUCUACUUCAAUUCGGCAUGGCUGUAGAAAGAGCAAUCGCAACGAUUCGAAAGGAAACCUACGCCGACUGUUCGUCUUUCACAGGCUACGUUCUCGUCGGCUUUUUGGUAUUUUUUUCAAAAAAGUUUUCAAAAAGAAAAGCAAUGUUUUGAUGAGGAACAAAUACGCCGUUUACAUGUGGUUUCCCCGGAAAAUCUUCUUCAGGACUUCUUUUUUUUUCAUUCGAACAACUAACUUCCAAAUUUUCAGAGCUUCGUUGGCCUAUCCCUCGCCGGAUUUUGCCUGAGGAAAUAUCCAUUCGGCACUUAUCUCAUUUAUUGUUCUGGAGCCAGCGAAACGACUUUAGAGGACGCCGGGAGAAUGAACAGAAUUAUCACUGGAGUUAUCAUUUUCACUUUUUUCUUCACUAUCGCCUUGUUUGUCUACAAUAUUCGGCAGCUUAGAAAGUAAGCUUUUCUAGGCUUUGAAACUUUGAAAAAUAAUUCGAGUGAACGAAAAAAACCGUGUUAUUAUGAUGAUAUUUCCUAGAGAACGAAUCUUUCUGUGACCUGUUCAAAAUUUAGCCAUUUUCAGAAGAACCUACGAUAGUUUGAAGCGGAAAAGUCAGCUUACGGAGAACGUGACGACGUUGAAGCUCCUCUUGCCCUUGUUCUCCUUCCAUCUCGUCUUUUUCGUCGUUUUCAGCCUCGUCGCAGGAAUUUUGGACUAUUUUCGAGAGUCUCUCGAUCCCAUCGACCAUCGUGGCCUCGUUUCGGCCGUCUAUGUAAGUUUCUUUUAUUUUUAAGAAUUCGAUAUUAAGUUAGACAAAAAUAUGGGAUUGUCUUUUCGAUCGCGGUAACUACCGAAAAACAUCUAUAAGUAGCGACCGCAAAGCCCCGCCCCUUUUCGCGAAGGAAAAAAGGCCAUUUUUUUGGUAUUCCGUCUUUGAUUGUUUCGUACAGCCGAUAGAAACAAUGAAAAAGGAUGAAAUUUUCAGCAUGAAUGUAGAAAAGGUUUUUAGGUACUUUCCAUGUGUUUCAACGGAGUGUCGUACGGAAUAGUGAGGCGAGUUCGAAAAAUAAACUUAAUUUUGCGUUUUAAUAUUCAUCUAGGUCGCGGACAAAGUUGAUUUUUUGAAAACUACUUAUAAACAGUGAAUGCAAUUUUUUAAGCCAAAAAAAUAAAAAUUCUAUGUUCGCCGAAAAAAUUGAGAGGCGCGCAAAGUCAAAAAUUGUUUUCUCAAUUGCAAUGCAGUAUUGGGAGAUGUUUAUGCUUUUUUCAUAUUGAGAAAAACAUUGCUCAAAUAAUACUUGUUGACAACUACAAGCAAAUGUACUGUUUUGAGUGGUAAAAAAGGUGGAGAAUUUUUUGGGAGUAAUUUUGAAACAUUUCCCGGUCGAAGACACGCGUUUUUUCUUACUCAUUUAUAAUAUUUUUUAAAUUUCAAACAAAUAAAGCAAUAAAAUCGAAAAUUCAAGAUCGCCGAAAAAAUUUUCUCAACAAAAAAGGUGAAUAAAAGUAGGCGAAAUUACAUUUUUAUGGGAUUCAAAAGAGCACUGUAGGCUGUAUUUGUGCAGUCACUGAGACGAAAAAUGAUGGUAAAGUGGGAUUACAGCUCGUAAAACCUUCUCUUUUUGGCUCCUGAAACCGUGCCGACCUUGCAAAUGAGGGUGCGCGCAGAUUGCAUGAGAAUUCGCAAAACCAAAAUUUCAGUGCAAAAAAAUUUUUUUGCUUUUUAAAUUACUUUUUAAAUAUUGUUUUUCUCCUCUUAUUCUUAAUAUUUUUUUCGUUUUUUUCUUUUUCUGUUUUUCGCAUACUACAUGUUAAAAUCAUUAUUUUUUUAUAACAAAAAAACGAGGAGCUAGCUUGAGUUCGAAAAAUAGGUCUGUGGUCGCUAUCUAUAAGAUCUCAAUUUAACUGAAGUUGAAUAACUGAAAAUAAAUUACAAAAAAGUGGCAUUGCUCCUCUAGUUUUUUUAUUUUUCAUACUUAUUUCAUCAAAUUUUUGACGAAAAUGGUUCCAGUUUGAACCACCAUAAGAAAAUGAAAAAAAAAACUCCCAAAAAACACCAAAAAGAAAAUUAUAUUCCAAUACUAGGCAUCGUUAAAAAUAGCCGCAGGCAGAAUGAACUUAUGCGCUCCAUGGAUAAAGAGCUAAACUAUGAGCUUCAAAGAAAUAGGAGUCAUUGUAUUCAUUUAGCUAGACAGGAAGCGUGAAUGGGGAACCGAAAAUUCAGAAAAAUAUUUUCUAACCCAAGAACUUCCAAAUGAAAUUGAAGUUUCAGUGAUGUUUGAGGAGAUUUAUUUUAAAACUUGCCUUGACUGUAAAUUUCAGUUGAUUCCUGUCUACAAUUUUCUGUCGCCAAUCGUCGUUCAAGAAAUUCUGAGAUACUGCAACAGGAAUCGAAGGCAGAAGCUCACCGACGUCAGAAAAACUAAUCAUAAUGAAAACGAUGUCUACUUUGACAUGUAUCAUCAAUUGUGGAAAUAA